AUGUUAUCAACUAAUUCAAAACCGCUGUGCUUUUUUCAAGGGGAAAACGCAGAACCAUCAGUGGAUUGUUUUCAUUGUGAAAGCUGUCAUAAUCCAACUGAGUCUGAUGUGGCUACUGGACAGUGCCUCGUGCGCACUUUAUACCUCUCUGUUGAUCCAGCACAGAGGUGCCGUAUGAAUUCUACUACCGGUGUGGACUAUCUAUCUCCGUAUGAGCCAGGAGAAUUAGUCGAUGGGCUUGAAGGUGUCGGUGUCGUUGAGGUAAGCGGGGCGGACAGUCUGCUUACUAAAGGCGAUCUUGUGACGUCAUGCGCUCAUUUGUGGCCGUGGACGAAGAAAUUCAUUGCCGACUGUACCGAUCUUGUGAAGGUAAACCUUCCGGCUGGCUACUCUCCCUCAAUUGUACUUUCGGGUGUUGGACUAUCUGGAAUGACUGCUUUACUUGGAAUUAGGAAAAAGGCUGCGAUUGACAAGUCUCGACCGCAGACCAUUGUGAUAUCAGGUGCUGCAGGCAGUUGUGGAACACUAGCUGGACAGAUAGCUCGACUUGAAGGAUGCACUCGUGUGAUUGGAAUUUGUGGAACCGAAGAUAAGUGUAAAUUUUUGACAUCUGAACUGAUGUUCGACGGUGCAAUCAAUUAUCGUGAGGAAUCGAUAUCUGAUGCUCUUUCAGUUUUGGCUCCAGACGGCGUUGACAUUUACUUUGAUAAUGUGGGCGGAUUUGUCAGCGAUGCUGUGAUACAGAAUAUGAAUAAUGGAGGUCGUAUUGUUUUGUGCGGCCAAAUUUCCGUUUACAACACUGACUUGCCGUAUCCGCCACCAAUCCCACCGAAGACUGCUGAAAUAAUCUGUUCCAAGGGGAUUCAUAGGGAACGUUUCCUUGUUCUUACCUAUAAAGAUGAGAUGGAUGCCGCUGUUGCGCAGUUGUCUCAUUGGUUGCAAGAGAAGAAAUUAAAAGUCAAGGAAACCGUGUACAAAGGUCUUUCUUCUGCACCACAAGCCUUUGUUGAUAUGAUGGCAGGAAAAAAUAUUGGAAAGAUGGUUGUGAAGGUUUAG